CUUGUUCUCUCUUCCUGUCCUUAUUUGGCACUCCAGGUGAUAAGGCUGAACCGUAAAAGGGGCUGGGGGCCCCUUGCAGCAAGCCGGCUGCCACGGAGAGAGGAUGGCCAGCAGGAAGGCGGGGACCCGGGGCAAGGCUGCGGCCACCAAGCAGGCCCAGCGAGGCUCUUCCAAUGUGUUCUCCAUGUUUGAACAAGCCCAGAUCCAGGAGUUCAAGGAAGCCUUCAGCUGCAUUGACCAGAACCGUGAUGGCAUCAUCUGCAAGUCAGACCUUCGGGAGACCUACUCCCAGCUCGGGAAGGUGAGCGUUCCGGAAGAGGAGCUGGACGCCAUGCUGCAGGAGGGGAAGGGCCCCAUCAACUUCACCGUCUUCCUCACGCUCUUCGGGGAGAAGCUGAAUGGGACGGACCCCGAGGAAGCCAUCCUGAGUGCCUUCCGCAUGUUCGACCCCAAUGGCAAGGGUGUGGUGAACAAAGAUGAGUUCAAGCAGCUUCUCCUGACCCAGGCAGACAAGUUCUCUCUGGCUGAGGUGGAGCAGAUGUUCGCCCUGACGCCCAUGGACCUGGCGGGGGACAUCGACUACAAGUCUCUGUGCUACAUCAUCACCCACGGGGACGAGAAGGAGGAGUGAGCUCGGCACAGCUGCGACUUGGGGCCGGCCCGUGGGGACACCACAAUAAAUGUGUUUCCCAAUCACA